AUGGCCGAACCCACGAAUGAACCACUCGCGACCGUCGCAGAGACCGAAACCGAACAGUUGCCUAGGACCAAAGAGAAGCUGGACGAGUUAUCGCAAGCUGCCUCAAUUCACUACGCUACCAAGAACUUCCCCGCCGCCGCCGAAAACUACGCCAAUGCUGUCGAGAUUCAGGCCGAACUCAAUGGCGAGAUGGCGCCUGAGAACGCCGAGUUACUCUUCUACUACGGGCGCGCGCUAUACAAGGUCGCAGUCGCCAAAAGUGAUGUGCUGGGCAACAAAGUAGCGCAAGAAGAGAAGAAAAAUAAGAAGCCCAAGGCAAAGAAGGCGACCAAGACGGACGACUCAGGUGAAGGCUCAAGUGCAAGGGCGCCCGUGCCAGAGAAGAAGGAAGAGUCAGCAGCGACGAAGCCCUACUUCCAGCUCACAGGCGACGAGAAUUGGACCGACUCAGAGGAGGAAGACGAUGAUAUGGAGGACGAAGAGCAAGAAGAGGACGACGACGACUUUGGCAACGCAUACGAGAUCUUUGAGCUCGCCCGCGUCUUGUACGAGAAGCAAUUGGAGUCGCUAGAAAGCGGCGCUUCAGACAAGGGCAAAGGGAAAGCAGAGCUCAGCCCCCGCGCGCGCACUCUCAAAGAGCGCAUCGCAGAUUGCCACGGUUUCCUUGUCGAAAUCUCCCUCGAAAACGAGCGCUUCCACGACGCCAUAUCCGACGCCCGCGCCGCCCUCACCCUCCAACAAGAACUAUAUCCCUUUGAGCACGAAAACGUCACAGAAGCACACUACUCGCUGUCACUGGCCCUCGAAUUCGCCUCCGUCUCAAAAGUGCGGCAAGACCAAACCGGGCAAUCAGCCUCCGCGCCCGAAGAAACAGACGCAGAUGCCAAACAAGGCAAAGAGGAUGAAGACGGUGUAAACUGGGAUCUCCGCAACGAAGCAGCCGAGCAAACCGACCUUGCCAUCCAAAGUCUUGAAGCUCGCCUAAAAAAGGAAGAAGCAGCCCUCGCUUCCGAUGCAUUAACACCAGAGCAGAAGAAGGAGAAACAAGCAAUCAUCAAAGACAAGAAGGGUAUGCUAGAGGACCUCAAAACACGCGUUGCGGACCUCAAGGCCGAUCCUACAAAGCAGGCAUUCGACAGCAUCGACCCCUCAGUAUUCCAGGGCAUCCUGGGUGGUAUGCUAGGAGCAGAUGCUGUCACACAGGCGGCGAAAAUCGCAGAGGCAAAGAAGAACGCGAAUGACGUGUCGGGUAUGGUGAAGAAGAAGGCCAAGGCGCCCGUGGUGGAAGAGGCAAAGGAUGUGGGUGGUAGUAAGAGGAAACUUGAGGUCGACGAUGAUGCGGCGGAUAAGAGAGCCAAGACAGAAGAGCCGAUAUAA